CAGAUUGACCAUGCCCUACGAGAAUGUUACCUGCACUCUCGCCCCGUUUACAUCAUGUUCCCUACCGAUAUGGUUGAGAAGAAGGUUGAGGGCGAGCGUCUCGAGACUGAAAUCGACUUGAACGAACCUCCUAACGACCCGGAUCGGGAAGACUAUGUCGUGGAUGUCAUUCUCAGGUACCUACACGCCGCUGAGCGACCAGUCGUCCUCGUCGACGCUUGUGCCAUCCGUCACCGUGUCCUCGACGAGGUCCAAGAGCUUAUCGAGAAGACUAAUUUACCCGUAUUCGUCACGCCCAUGGGCAAGAGUGGCAUAAACGAGACGCACCCCAGUUACGGCGGUGUCUAUGCAGGAACCGCCUCCGCCCCGGCCGUCAAGGAAAUGGUCGAGGGCUCCGACCUCGUCAUCUCUGUCGGCUCACUCAAGAGCGAUUUCAACACCGCCGGAUUUUCUUACCGUCUAUCUCAGCUGGCGACCAUCGAUCUGCACAGCGACCACUGCAUCGUGCGAUACUCCGAGUACCCCGGCGUGCGGAUGAAGGGUGUCCUGCGCAAGAUCGUCGACCGCCUCGACGUUUCACAAGUCAAGGCCCUACCGGCACCUAAGUUCGAGUCCCCUCCAGUGACGCCCGACGUCGACGCCAUUAUCAAGCAAGAAUUCUUCUGGUCGCGCGUCGACCGGUUCCUUCGGGAAGGCGACAUCGUAGUCACAGAAACCGGCACAGCCAACUUCGGCGUGUGGGAAACGCGGUUCCCGGCAGACGUGACAGCGCUCAACCAGACGUUCUGGGGCAGCAUCGGCUGGGCAGUCGGCGCAUGCCAGGGCGCCGCGCUAGCAACCCAAGAUAUCGCGGGCCUGGACAAAGCUCGACGAACAAUCCUAUUCGAAGGCGACGGCAGCCUGCAGCUCACAGUACAAGAAAUCAGCACGAUGAUCCGACACCAGCUGAACGUGAUCAUAUUCGUGAUCUGCAACGACGGGUACACGAUCGAGCGGUUCAUCCACGGGAUGGAUGCGUCGUACAACGACAUCGUCGAGUGGCGGUACAAGGACCUCCCCGCCGUGUUCGGCGGCACCGAGGAGACGGCGCGGUCGUACGCGGUGCGCACGCGCGGCGAGCUCGAGAAGCUGCUUGCCGAUAAGGACUUCAACGAGAGGAAGGGGCUGCGGCUUGUCGAGCUGUAUAUGCCGCGCGAGGACGCGCCGAAGAGUCUGAUGUUGACGGCGGAGGCUAGUGCGAAGAGGAAUGCUAUGACGGAGUGAUGCGGACGGGAGGGGACGGGA